AAACGUGUCUAAUUUCCGGCAGUUAGUCAUUUUCUGUUAGAGUUGCAUGGUGAUUUGACAACUAUUGAACAAAUACACGAUGGGUUUAUUAACUAUCUUGAAAAAAAUGAAACAGAAGGAAAAGGAAGUUAGAUUAUUAAUGCUAGGAUUGGAUAAUGCAGGGAAAACCACAAUUUUGAAGAAGUUUAAUGGUGAAGAUAUUGAUACAAUUUCACCAACCCUAGGCUUUAACAUUAAAACUUUAGAACACAGAGGGUUCAAGUUAAAUAUUUGGGAUGUAGGUGGCCAGAAGUCACUAAGGUCUUACUGGAGAAAUUAUUUUGAGAGCACAGAUGGCUUGAUAUGGGUAGUAGACUGUGCAGACAGAAUGAGGCUCCAGGACUGUAAGCAUGAACUCCAGAAUCUACUGGUGGAGGAGAGGUUAGCAGGAGCUACGUUGCUGGUGUUUGCAAACAAACAAGAUUUACCAGGGGCAUUGCCUGCAGAAAAAAUCAGAGAGCUUCUGGAUUUGGAUAGUAUCAAGACUCACCACUGGCUAAUCCUGGGUUGCAGUGCAGUGACUGGGGAUAAUCUUCUGAAGGGGAUUGACUGGGUUAUUGAUGAUAUAGCCUCACGAAUAUUUACCAUGGAUUAGAACAUAUCCACCAAUCCAAUGUCAAGUGAUGGAAAUCCUUUAAUCGCUUAGAUGUCAGCUUAUCGACUAUGCUUACAGUACUUCUAAUAUACAUGUAUAUGAAGAAGCAGGAAUCUCCAGCUCCUGUAAAUGGACAUUUUGAUCAAAGAACAGAGUGAUAUUCUUUGAUCAUUCUGUAUACAAGAACAUUUACACAAAUUAGAAAAAAAGUUUUCUUAGAUUUGCAUCAAUGUUUUGCAACAUCAGCAAUAGCAAUGUGUUGAUUUAAAAGUCAGAAAUCUGUCCUUGUACCAGAAUUUCUGCUAUAUUCUGUGUAUCCUAAAUAAAAUGUUUUAAAAACAU